AUGCCUUCACACUUCAUUCUAGCUUUCCUCCUUUCAUUUCCUCAGUCUCCACCUCCCUUCCUUCUUGUUACAUCCAGGGACCUGAGCUCCAACCGUCUCACUGGCACCAUACCACAAGGUCUUGCUGAUCUUCCCGAGCUAGAAACUCUCAACCUGAGGAACAAUCAGCUCACAGGGAAGGUGCUUGAGCCCGUGCCAGCAGCAAUAGUAACGUACAAGCUGGACAGCAACUACUUCAAUGAAGGGUUCUCCUCCCCCCCACCGUGUGACCAAGCCUACAUCACAUACAGCGGCAACUGUGCGGCCACACCAGCACAGGGUCUAGUGUGUGGAGACAGCUCUCAGAAGACCGACGCUGUGUGCGCUGCCUUCUGCGGUGUCUCUCCCACUUCACCUGCCUGCAACGGCCAUGGCGUGUGCUUCUUGGACGGCCCCAGCAACACGCCCACAUGCCUCUGUGACGAGAAUUUCGUGGUUGGGGAAUAUACCGGCAGCUGUGUGCCUGUGGCAGGUGGUAAGACAGAGCAGGAUUUGACGCCCACAGGAACCAUGUUCACAGCCACUGGAGACGCCUCAGUAAAUGCAGCCACGCUCACUCUGACGCCCGCCCAGCCGUCCAAGGCUGGCAGUGUGUUCCUGGCAGCGCGCGUGCCGCUCUUCUCCUACCAGCUCAUCGGGGACGCCUGCGGCCGCCAGCUCGCCUUCUCCUCCUCCUUCUCCUUCACUCUCACCCGCCCUGCUGCCUCCGGCUCCGAAGGCUUUGCCUUUGUGGUGGCCUUUGAUGCCACCCCGCCCACAACACCGGUGGCAGGCGGCAUGGGGUAUGCGGGGAUGGGAGCGCGCAGCGUGGCAGUGGAGUUUGACACGUCGAUGGAUGCGGGCAACAGCGACCCUGAUAGCAACCACGUGGGCAUCAACACCGGCGGUAGUGUCACGUCGGUGGUCACAGCCAAGCCAAGCUUCCCCCUCAAUGACGGCAAGCCCAAGCACGUGUGGAUCGACUACGACCCUUCCUCUGAUGGCUCCCUGCACGUCUUCCUCUCCUCCCAGCCAUCUCGGCCCACCAAGCCUCUCCUGACAGCACGCAUCUCCCUGUGUGAGGAGCUCGCCCCAACCACAGCGCAGUACACCUUUUCCAUCGGCUUCACUGCUGCCUCCGCCAUCCAGGCUCAAGGCCAUGUCGUCUCCGCCUGGACCCUCUCCACACAUGCAUCGCUGGGUUUUACCUUCAGCGAGGCGGCGCUCUCUAUAUCGGGAAUGAAUCCCUUCUUCCGCUAUGCCAGCUCGGGCAGUGUUGCUGCACAGAAUGGCAAUGACGUGUAUGGCGUGCACCCUGCAGCGUCAUGGGUUCGCCCUGACUUCACAUGGCCUGUCAGGACUCAAACCCUGACUUGCGGCGACUGCUGGGCGUAUGCAGUGGUGGGCAGUAUCGAGGCGGCAUACGGCAUAAUGACCAACACUGCAGCGGUGCAGGCACUCUCAGUGAAGCAGCUGAAGGCCGCCAUGAAGGUCGGCUGCUCUGGCAGCACGCCCUCUCAGGCCUUCCAGCUGCUGCUCAAGCUGGCGCAAAAAGGAGGCGGGCUCGUGUUGGAAAGCCAGGGGCCGGCCAAGAAGAAAGGCAAGAAGGCCGUCAUGAAGGCAGGCAGCAGCAGUCCUCUUUGCUAUCCGUUUCUGAAGCCACUGGGGAAGCUCGGCUUCGAGUCAACGUCCUUCUACGGCUGGUUUGGGCUGCUGCUGGCCGUGCAGCGGCAGCCAGUGGUGGUGCACAUUGAGGCUUCCGCCGACUCGUUUAAGGAUUACAAUGGGCCGGUGGCGGCUAAUCACUUCUUGCCUUGCCAAUGUCCAUCCUUUCAGCUGUACAAGUACCAGGACCCAGCGUGCUUCACGUACAACCUGAAUCACGUGGUGCUGCUGGUGGGGUACUGCCUGGUGGGCAAGGACUCGCGCUUCCCCCACAUGGCGCCGCCCUUCUGGAUCAUCCGCAACUCAUGGGGGGCUGAGUGGGGCGACGGGGGCCACAUGCGCAUGGACAUCCAGGGGGGGGAUGGCGUGUGCGGCAUCAACUCGCUGCCAGGCCUCUACCCUGUGGUCAGAGGUGAGUGA